AUGGAGGUUGCUCUUGCUAAAGGUUUUAUGAGCUCCAUUUUCUCCUCCUCCCAAAAUGGCAGCAUUCUUUAUGGUCUCGCUCAUCAAGCACAAGCAUACAUAUUGUACGAUCCGUGCUUCCUCCGUUAUGAUGUAGUUAACUUCUUAGGAUAUUGGACCAUUUCUGGAGCCGAAUAUUUUCUAUUUAGUAAGAAGGAAGCACAAACUUCUUCAAUAUUUGUACCAGCGGUAAAGCUGAUGGUUGGCAAACUAAAGACUAUGGUAGUGGCGGGGUCGGAAACUAACUUGUUUGCGAAGGCGUUGGCAAGCAAUAUCACUGGCCUGGAUGGUGUGAGCAUCUAUGGAAUGGCACAAUGCACGGGUGAUAUGAAGAAGUCCACAUGCAUCGAGUGUUUGACUUACAUUGAAGACUUGCUUCCAAGCAAAUGCGGGGAUAAAAGUGGAUGCAGGUUUUUUUACAAUAGCUGCUUUGUGAGAUAUGAGAUUUAUGACUUUUUCACUUCGAAAUCUCGUUAA